AUGUUUGAUUUUAUAACCCGUCGUCGUCUUAUUAUUUUUCUUGCUGCCAUUUUAUUUGUUACAAUAAGUAUUUUAUUUAUUGUUCAUAUACGUUCAACAACAAUCAGUCAAAUUAUACCAUCGUUUACACCAACAUCUUCAUCAAUAAAUUCAACCGAUGAAGAAAAAUCAACAGAUAAAUGUUAUCUUAAUGAACCAUUUGAUGUUUUAACAUCAUGUCGAAGAUGUCGAUCUUAUGAACAACGUGCACACGCUACUGAUUGUUUGCCUACAGGUUAUCGAGAAUUUGUAUUUUGUUCAAAAUCAAACAUUAAAGUUUACCGUCCAUGUGCAAUACCUAUUCGUAUACAGAAAGAACGUUUUUGGUAUUUCGAAGGUAUUGUUUUUAUUAUUGCCUUGUUAUCGACAACAAGUGUUUAUUUACGUCAAAAAUCAUUAAAUAAACAAAUGGUAGAAAAAAUCAAACGACAGAUUGAAAUAAGUGAGGAAUGA